CGGCGUUAGAAGUUUCUGUAUUUGCCUUUUUAUGAUUUUUUUUUCUACCGCUUCCCUACUCUAGUGUGGCUCAUUCUUGCCACCCUACCUACGCCGGGGCAACGAGCUCCCCAGUUGGCUCUUCAGAAGGAAGUAUGGCUUCUGAAGCAACAGACGCCGUGUUGAGCGCGGCGGCAGAGCCGCCGACUCUCAGCAGCGGUCAGCAAGCUACUGUAGUGUGCGGGGAAGCUUCAGAAUCGGACGACGAGGACCUCAGCGUUUCGAUCAGUACAGUCGCCAGCGAUCUCAGCUUGUUGAGUGCCAGUGAAAGUGUUACAUCGAGCGAGCGUCGAUCUGCGGAGCCUAGCCAGCACAGGACACUUCUGCACCGAAAACUCCGUGAACGCAACGCAAGCUUGCGCAAGAGCGUAUGCGAACUGUUGCAGCAUCCAUAUCAGAACGCUGCUCGCGAACUUGGGGCAAUUUCUCAAAAUCUUGUUCGUUCGCAUCAACUUCUGCAAGAAGUGUCUACCUCCCUCAGGAAACUGACCAACGAGCUCUUCCAGAUUGAGGACAAACUCGACACUAUACAGCACUGCAGUAUCAUUCCAGAGAUAACGAUUCCGCCGCCUAAUCCCCGAGUGUCACCAGAAUGCCUGUGACUCUGUCUUAGUAGUGCGAACAUCUAAUAAGCGAUACGAUAAUAUUGGUAAUCGCCAACAUGGUUAAUGUGAGAGGCCUCUUGCGCCUGUCAUGUUGCUUAAGUACCACUGGUUGCCGAGAUUUGUUUGCACGUGCUUCGAUUGCUGUCGCUAAUAAUAAGACAACUACGUUCAUUGCAAUUAAAUACUUUAUUUACUGCAG